CUAUAAGUAGUUGACAGUUCCUAAUUAAGCUGAUAUACAAUUUGCAUGCACAAAAAUACCACCAAGGAAAUAAAAAUGACAAUUUUUGUAGUAUUUUGGACAAUAAUGAUAGUAGCCACGGCAACUUCCAAUCCCAUAGACCAAAGCCCCAAAGCCGUCGGAAAAUGGGCGGAGAGUCUCCGGCGAGAAAAGCUGACGAAGCUCCACUUCUUCUGCCACCACCUCCACGGCGCAACAGCCGUGUCCAUCGCCAAAGCCCCCACCACCGACGCCUCGCCGACGCUCUUCGGCUUGCUCGACACGCGGGAUGACCCCGUGACGGUGGGGCCGGAGAAGUCGUCGGAGCGCGUGGGGUACGCGCAGGGGAUCUCCGCGGCGGCGUCGCUGCAGGAGAUCUCCUCCUUCGACCCCUUCACUAUUCUCUUCACGAACCGAGAGUUCAACGGCAGCACCCUGGCGGUCAUGGGCAGCUGCCCGCUCUCCAGCCCGGCUUGCGAGGCCGCGGUGAUCGGCGGCAGCGGUUUUUUCCGGCUGGCGCGUGGGGUCCUCACCACCAAAGCCUACUAUCUCAAUUUCACAACGGGGGCGGCUAGUGUUGAGAUUAACGCUAUGCUUCUGCAUUACUAAUGAUCACUUCCAUCCAUUUUAUUAUAUUAUGUGUUUCAACUUUAUCUUGAUUUGAUUGGUCUGUGGUUAAAUUUUAUGGUUUGCUUGAGUUGUUUGUUUCUUUGGUUGUUUUUAAAUUUUUACUACAUUCAAAUUUUAAUUUUUAA